UGAUUUCACGCCGUUGUCGUAUCUUGCGAAUGGUAUAUAAUAACCUAUCAAUCAUGACGAGACCGUCAGGUUUCAAACAAUAAUCAGCUCACAAUCCACUAAAUUUUCUCUGAACAAUCGAAAAUAUCAGCAAUCAUGCCGACAAUCCCACAGUUCAUAUACAAUCAGCUUUUCAACACACCAGUGAAACCGGACGUCUCAUUUGAUGGAAAGACCGUCAUUGUAACCGGAUCCAAUGUUGGCCUUGGAAAAGAAGCAGCCCGCCACAUCACUGCUCUAGGUGCAGAGACAGUAAUACUUGCCGUGCGGUCGCUCGACAAGGGCAAUGCUGCUAAAGAGGAGAUCGAGAAAAGCACGGGUAAACAAGGAGUUGUUAAGGUCUGGCAACUCGACAUGUCGACAUAUGAUUCAGUGCUUGCAUUUGUUGCGCGGGCACAGAAAGAACUCCCCCGGCUCGAUGUGGCUGUUCUAAACGCCGGCGUCAACCGCACCGAAUGGGAAGUUUUCGAAAAGGACGAAUCCACCAUCACAGUGAACGUUGUUUCCACAUUUCUCCUUGCUCUUGGGCUUCUUCCAAAGUUGAAGGACACGGCGAACCGCUUCAACGUCCGGCCAACACUUACAAUCGUCGCAUCGGAAGUCCACUUCUGGGCGAGAUUCCCUGAGGCCGAUGCUCCCAUUGGCAAGAUCUUCGAGCAAUUGAGUAAUAAGCCAACAGAGAUCAAGGGCGACUACAUGGGCAACCGAUACCAAGUUUCGAAACUAUUGGACGUUCUAUGUACACGCGCAAUAGCCGAUCGCAAAGCAGCGCAGGCCAUACCUGUCACAGUCAAUUGUCUCAACCCAGGAUUCUGUCACUCGGAGCUAUCGCGUGAGUAUGGUUUCGGUUUCAAGAUCGUGCUUUUCCUUCUCGGGCGAACGACAGAGCAAGGAAGCAGGACGCUCGUCCAUGCUGCAGCGAGCGGAGCUGAAACUCAUGGCCAAUACUUGAGCGACUGCAGUAUAGAAAAGCCGAGCGACUUUGUAUUGAGUGGAAAGGGCUAUGAAACGCAAAACCGGGUUUGGGACGAACUUUGUGCCAAACUAGAGGCUAUCAGCCCAGGUGUUACGAAAAAUCUCUGAUCGCUGCCAUAAUGAACGUGUAUAUUUUAAGAUAUCCCACCUGGAUCUUCCCUUCGUAGCUUGAUCUUUGGUAUAUUCAUGAGCC